AUGCAAUCGCUCUCGGUGGUGCUUCUGGCAACUCUGCUUCCAACCUUAUUGACCAUUCUGAUCUUAAGUUGCCUUUCGAUAUACUUGUUUGCCCAGCUCCGGGCCUCCACUUUGAAGGCAUCAACGGCAGAAAUCCUCCCUGCCGUGGAAGAACCAGAGCCAGAGCAGCUACGAAUCGUGGAAAUUUUUAACCCAGACAAACGUCAUUUUCUGGGAUACACACUAUUCUUCAAACCUUGGGAAGGAGCACCUUUCAAUAUAGAUAAUAGAGAAUGGUUUUCCCAACCUAUGACGUUUUGGGAGAUGGCAACCGACCGGGAAUCUUCCAUCUCAGACUGGGAUGAUACUGAAGUGGGCGAGGCUUUAAAAGCUUUAGGUUACGAAGUAAUGCCUGCAGCAUCAGUUUUAAGCCUCCUCCGAAAUCCCAAAAGAAGGAAAUGGAUUUUGGAGCAUGUCAUAUACGAUGUUGUCUUCCGAAGAACUUCUCUCGAAGGAGACCCUCACGAGAGUUAUCUCCCAUUUACUGUCCAGCAACAUGAAGACUUGAGAGCAUACUUCGACUCGUUGAAAAACGUAAAGUUCUCGCCUGAUGUAGCCACCGAACUCGCAAAGCUACCAUUCACACUCGCCAGAGCAGAAAACUUGCCGCACGCAAACAUCAAAAAACUCAUCCAUUCCAUGAGCAUUCUAUGUCGACCUUAUUCAGAUUCGCGUUUCUGGGAUCUAGGUACAGAUGGUGAAUCUUAUCUCCGUCACGGUAACAUGGUUCGCGAUUUGGUUGAGUGGCUGUAUGUGCGGAUUGUAUUUAUGAUGCAAUUCCAAAAGUACGAGUUUCGGUUGCCGGAGAGUACGGAAGAAACGUUUUGCGUGCGAGCCGAAGUAUGGACAUACAUUGACGAAGACGGCACCGUCUUAGAGGAGAAAAGAAUAUGUCGGCGUGCCAUAUAUAUUGAUCGUGAUUGA